AUGCGUUUCGGCGUCAGCAUUCUCGCCGGCUUCAUUACCCUGGGCAUUGCUACACCAGGUCUUCCACUGUACAAGUCAGUUCCCACCAAGUCGUCGCGCCACACACAAGCGACUGAACCCGUCCCCAUUGACGGUGACUGGAGCAUCGGUUGCGAUGAAGAUAACUACUGCUCGUACUACCAUGCUUCUGCCGCUGCUACCGAUAUCGCUGCUUUGAAGUCUCGUGGCGAGAGUACUGCAGAUGACGGAUUGGCUCCACCCGGCCAGAACGUCUCCGUCAGUACCGACUCACACUCGCUUUUCGGGCGUCAUGCUGCCUUCACAGGAGACCAGUGUCAAUCCUGCGACAACUCCAACUGCCCAGACUGCUAUGGGGAUUGUCCAGGGUGCCAGCACUUCAUUUGUGUGGAUGCAGCAUCGCAUUUGUCCAUGUGCAUGAGCAUCCGGCCCAAGCUGCUGCCUCCCUGCUACGACAAUCUGCCACCCAUUGAGAUCGAAACCACAACCGUCCACGUGGUAGCCGUCACGGUACCACCGGAGCGUCGCACUCCUGCAGCUGAACCUACAUUGCCAUCGCUCCCUACAUCAGCAUCUGCCCCUACUUCAAGAGGCCUCUCUACAGUGAAAACAAUUCCUAUCCCAGUACCCCUGCCCUCAAUCUUCACGGUAACAUCAGUGGUGACCAAGACCGUCACAGAACUUAUCCCACGCCCACUGAAGAGCACGUCGACGGUGCUUGUUCAAGUCACUCCCAUCAUAACCACAUCCACAUGGACCACUACCGUCACCUUUUCCAGCUUGGCUACUGCCGUCACGUUCACAGCUCCCUCACCAUGGUCUACUACCGUCACUCUUCCCCGUCCCUCACGUUCCAGCAGCACGCCCACGAUCAAGCCCAUUGUACUCGCAACGCGAAACACGCCGCUCGCCUCAAGGAUUCCCGCCGCUACCAGUUCCGCAGCUCUCCCCAGGACAAUGCCCAACACGGCACGCGCAACCCCCGGCUCUGCACCACUAUCUCUCCAGCAUGGUGGCGCCCCCGAGAACAGCGGUUGCAAGCUCUGCGAGGCUCCGGCCGACUGCGAGAGCUGCGCCUUCUCCUGCGACGACUGUGUCCGGUUGUCAUGCCAGAAUGCCUUUAGCGACUCGGAAAUUUGCAUCGAAGUCUCGGACGACCCGGAUACCGAUGGUGCAGUGGCCAAUUCCACGGUAGCAAGCGACGUCGUGCAUGGCCGCGCUGGCGCCAUGUUCAUGCCGCAGGACGAAGAAGAUGGCACUGCGUCGUUGGCUGCUCCUCGUGCCUCCGAGUUUCUGCAGGUGGAAGUGGCCAUGCAGCUUGAGGACCAUGUGCACAAUCCAUGGCGAGAAUGGACUUGA